AUGGAAGAAGAACAAAAACAAUCUAUUGAUAGUACAUCAAACACUUCGUCAAACUUGACAGAACAGCCUAGACCAACAAUCAUACCUGAUGAUUCACAAUUAUUAUCAAACUCACAAAAAACUCAAACAAACACAAAUACAGAUACUGAACUAUCUAAUUCACCAAAAAAACAAAAGAAAAAUGAAGAUAUUCAUUCUGUUUCCAUAUUAUCACAUGAUACUGUUGAAUCUAAAUCAGAAAUAAAAACUAAUAAUAACAAUCAACCAAAUAUUCCAAUACAUACACAUUACCAAGAUAUUUCAUUUAAUGAAAAAAAUGCUAGUUACUGUAGUUUUUCUACUACUAAUAAAAAGCCUACUGAACCUAUAGUAAAAUCAAAUAAAAAAUCUGAAUCAACACAACCACAUCCAAUUCAAGAACUUCUUAAUCAAGCUUCAACUGUUACAACUGAUCAAGAUUCUGAUGAAGAUGAACAACAAAAGAAAAUAGCUACUGCGAAAAAAUUACUUUUUCCAAAUGCACUUGCAACAUCAUUUUCUGAAAUUGCUGAUACAUUACGAAAUGAACGACGACAAGAAUUUUGUCCUAUUUAUCAAGAUGAAACACCAGAACAAAUAGCUUUACGUCAAGAAAAACAAAAACCUAUUGGUAGUCUUCUUGCAAAACGUAUACGUUGGGAUGAUUUAAAACGUAAACGAGAAGAAGAAGAAAAAAAAGCACAAACACAAUUUCGUUAUGGUCCAUAUGGUCCAAUAUAUUCGAAUCAACAAUCCAAACAAUCAUUUGCAAAUCCAUAUGAACAAUAUUAUGCAACAGUGCAAAAUCAAUAUGAACAGAUGGCACAAAUGUCUCGUGCUCAACAAGAACAUAGUGGUUUUUGGCCAGAAUACUGUCAACAAUCACCACUUCAAAAUAAUGAUCGAAUUGCACAAAAUUCAAUACAACAACAAAUACAACCUUAUACAUAUCCAUAUGCAGCUGUGUAUUCGAAUAACACAACAGACAUGAACAUAAGUGUUCCGUCAUCAUAUACAUCUGAUAAUCCGAAUUCAUAUUUGAAUAAUAUAAUGCAACCACCACCACCACCACCUGAUGAACCAUAUCCAUAUUAA